AUGCGAUGCAGUUGCAGCAGAAUUGUUGUGCCAUUGACUGCAUUGUUUCUCGGAUUUAUUCUCUGGAACUUUCAUGAAGAGAGACGAUACCAGCAGAUUUUGGAGUAUCAUAUCUCUUCGGAUGAUGUAGAAAAGUUGGAGAGUGGAAAAAAUUGUACAACAGAUACAUGUCUCUCUUUGUUGUCAUGUUCACUUCAUGACAAUCAGUUAACCGUUUUUAUUGAACCGUUCAUACGAGUCAUCGAUACGAGUGGUAAGGAUAUUACGCCGUCACCUUCAAGCGAAUAUCUCGAGAUACGUUCAGUAAUUGAACAGUCCAGAUAUAAAGUUGAUGCAAUUGAAGAUGCUUGCCUUGUCAUACCUGGAUUUGAUACUCUUAAUAUUUAUCGUUUCGACGACAGUGAAUCUUCCUUUUUGAAAAAUUUCAAUGCAGGUGCUCGCCUGAAGAACCACAAUGUGCUCAUAUUUACAUUUGUUGGUGCCAGUCUUCUUGAUAUUAAUGCUAUUGUCGCAAGAACCGGAUCUCAUCGUAAAAAUUUUCGACGCGGCUUCGAUUUAUCACUGCCUUUAUGGAAUCCCUAUAUUUUAUCGUCGUCUUUCUUAGCUUCUGUAGAGAAAUUUUCGUAUUUUAUCGUUGUACCGAUAAAAUUUGCUUCACACAAUGUUAAAGUACUUUUUAAAAACUUGUUUAACAGAAAUGAUUGUCUUGUCUUAGACAACUGCGAUGUAAUAGAUGGAAAUUUUUUGUGCGAUAGUCAUGGAAAUGCCCAUGAUUUAGAUGCAGUUAUUAAGGAAAGUCAGUUCACUCUGAUCGAUGAUCGGGUUGCUGGAUCUGAACUGCUGUUAAUGUCAGCUUUACGUGUUGGCUCUAUUCCUGUUAUUAUUUCAGAUUCUAUUGUUCUGCCCUUCAAUGAAGUGAUCAAUUGGGAUCUAUUGUCGUUAACGUUUUUCCGAAGUCGUCUAUCUUCUGUCCUUACAUUCUUACGAAAUUUAUCUCCUGAACGAAAACAGCGCAUGAGAGAGCAAAUUUUUUUCGUAUACAAUCGUUAUUUUUCUUCACUUGAGAAAAUUAUCCUUACGACUUUAAACAUUUUGGAGAGACGUAUUAUUCCUAAUUCAUUUACAACAUACGAUGAAUGGAAUUGUAAAUCAUCAAAGCAUUGUCUUGUUCCAUCGUUCUUCCUUCCUUUUCACGCUUCUGCAGAAGGUUUUACGGGUGUUAUCUUGACAUACAACAAACUGGAUUCAUUAUUUGUCAUUAUACGAUUGCUUGCUAGAGUAGCAAGUUUACGAAGCAUUGUCGUUAUCUGGAAUCAUCCUCAUGAACCUCCUUCAAUGACCGAAUGGCCACACAUAAAUCGGCCUAUUCAUGUGAUUCAUAUGGACCAAAAUAUGCUUUCCAACAGAUUUAUUAUGUUCUCGGAAAUAACAACAGAUGCAGUAUUCACACUUGAUGAGGACAUGAUCGCUGUGAAUGUUGAUGAAAUCGAAUUUGGCUAUCAGAUUUGGCGAGAAAAUCCGGAUCGUUUAGUGGGGUUUUUGCCGCGAGCUGCUGUUUUCAAUGAAUCUACCAAGUCAUACGAGUACCAUGUGGAGCGGGCAAAUUCAAUGAAUAUUAUUUUGAUGGGAGCUGCGUUUUAUCAUAAGUACUACGGAAUGUUAUAUCACGAAUUAUUGCCACCGGAAAUAAUAAAUUAUGUGGAAAGGAACAAAAACUGUGAAGAUAUUGCAAUGAAUUUUCUAAUUAGUGGUGUGACUGGAAAAAGUCCAUUAAAGGUUACACUGCGAAAAAAGUUCGUUUGUCCAAAAUGUAUUGACAAUGAUAGAUCAACGUGGAAUGCCGCGCAUUUACUCCAACGUUCUACUUGUAUUAACUUAUUUAUUUCAUAUUUUGGUUAUAAUCCAUUAGUUACAAGUAUUUCAAGAUAUGAUCCUGUUUUGCAUAAGGUACCUGUCGAAGGUAUUAUUAAUCCAUAUAGUCAGAUUGGAUCGUUUUGA